AUGGCAAACUUACUCCUCGGGUUUUCAACGUUCAGCACCUGUCUUGCCGCGCGGGGCUUGUUGCUGAUUUCGUUCUUCUCAGGUGUGGAACUGGACGAGGCUGUCGCUGUGUCGAAUGUGCUCAAGCAGGACGGAAUGUUCUUCGGAGGGUUCGAAAUGGCCCAAAGGACGAGGGGCGAGAUUCAGGUAAACUCCAAAUCUAAGCCAGCACAGCAGUCUCAAGAGGGGAAAGCAACUAUAUAUCACGCUCCUCACCGAGCCCUGUCAUGCCCUGCCCAGCAUGCGAGGGGUUACACACGAUCUCCCUCCAAGUCUCAGUCCCGCGCACUACUUACUUUUGUGCCUGUCUCUCAUUUGGUUUGCCUUGGUCGCAUCACAUCACCCUCGCUGCACCGAUGGCACGCUGGCAAGGCACGCAACGCUCAAACUUGGGUCCCUUCCCGCGGUCUCACUGUGUCGUGCAGAUUGCUAGCUUUCGCACUUGACUGUCUUGACUGUCUUUUGCAUCCGCGGAAUGUCUCACCAUUCGAUUUAUACAGUUUGGAAGGGACUCGGUAA